AUGGUUGCUCUCUGGGUGACACGCGACUUUUCUACUAGUCCUGGAUGGGAAAUCAUAUUUCGGAGGCAUUAUGUUACUGAUGGAACAACUGCUAUUCUCAUUGGUUCAUUGCCAAUGAUUUUACCUGAUCAAAAUCCAUUUCAAGAAAAUUGGAAAUAUCACCCGAUUCUUGAAUGGAAGGAACUUUCGAAAUCAUUUCCAUGGGGUGUAUUCAUGUUGCAAGGUGCUGGAUUGGCUAUUGCUGAUGGAUUCAAAGUCUUUUUUUUUGCAUGA